AUGGAGAUCAUGAACCAGCAUGCUCAAAUGAAAGGAGCAUCCUAUCGUGCCGCCCUGCUCCAAGGACUACCAAACGAAAUCCGGGAGCGCCACUCACGCUUCGAUCCAACCGAUGACGACUCCGAGUACAUCCAACAGUUGGAACGAGCCGGCAAGGCUCAGGAGGCUUAUCAAGAGCAGAUGAAGAUGUUGGGGAAAGCGGAGUCGAGAGGAAGGGAGUCGAAUAAUGGUGGGAACUCGCGGCAGAAGGAAAAGGGGUUUAAGAUCAAGGGGAGGGCUCUGACUGAGGAGAAAGAAAAGGGGCAAGAUAAGAAGAGCACCAGCAAGAACAAGUCGGGGAAUAAGCCAAUAUACCACGACUACGACGAAGCCACCAAAGGAGUUCCACAGCCGGUCCGAGACCAGCGAAAGACCGAUGGAGCCUGUGUGCGAUGUGGCCGAAAGGGUCAUCUUUGGAAGUGGUGUCGUUCAGAUGCUAACAGCAGUGCAUCUAUCUCCUCUUUCUCCCGAAAGCGUACCCGCGAUGACGAUGGCGACCACGAUAUGGAACCACCGGAACCCCAACCUCAGAGAAAGCGAAUGAGGCACCGUGCUAAGAAGCCGGCUGCGAUGGCUGCUGCGGAGUACACCAGUGGGCAAGCGUUUGUGCGAGAACGCGGAUCGGAAUCUGAGAUGGAUUUCGACGAGGAUUUUUAA